CUCAGCACCUCAGGUGCCAAACUGCCGCAAUGGCGUCCCUUCAAACGAUACCUCGCUUUCUCCUCCCUCGUGGCCCUUCCAUACCCCGUGCCCGGGCCUUUCCUGUACCCAUACUCCCCAUCUCACACCUCCGCCAUGCCACCAUCCUUCCCCCACGACCCAAGAAGACGGAGCCGCGCAUUCUUGGCCAACCAGACAAAUACAGACCACCGUCCCACGGAACGCGGCUGCCGAGGAGUGAGACGACACAGAAGACGUACGGACCGCCAUUAUCGAAAGAGGAGCGGGAGAGAAUGCGCACGAAGAAGUAUCCGAAUAUGAUGAGUCCCGAGGGCACGUUCAGCCAUUGGUUCUUACAUAACAGAAGCAUUCAUUUGAUCAUUACUCUGGGCAUCUUGUUCACCCUCGGAGGUUCAGCGUGGUAUUUGACCUUCAAGCGCAAUAACCCUUAUAAUGAUCUCCUCCCGGAACCGAAGGAAUAUAUGCGCCACCCGAUCACGAGUUUAAAGCGGUUCUUUGAGGUGCUCAGAAUGUACCAGGAACAUCUGUCGGAGCAGGCAGAGGCAAAACGUUUGAAGAGGGAAGACGAUAUUGAGAAGAGGAUGCAGUUUAGACUGCAAAGAAUAAGAGAAGCCGAGGAGAGGGGAGAGGAAUAUCUGGAGGACCCAAGAUAUUGGGUUGACGCGUACGGUGUGCGGAGGAGGAGAGUCAAGAAGUGGUUCGGAAUCUGGGAGUAGUGGUUGUUAGAGGGGCGGGAUCCAUAAAGAGAACACCGCGGCGUUGCCGAACGGCAGUCCAUUGGAGGUGAUGGCAGUUCACGGAUAUGAUUAAAAGGAUGUGUCUCUUGCAGUAAGGCGACGGGAGAAAGACCAUUGAGACGGAGAAGCAGGGAAAGGAAGUAUAUGAUUGAAGGAUAUUGCAUGUGGCGUCUUUAGAAGAUCGAGCGCUCCACUUGUACUUGCAGAAGCUACAGAUCGUCUUCUGCGAUCCUGAAAUUCACGCAUAUUCAUCCGCGCUACGGAUCGACUUCCGAAUGGCAGGAGCUGCUGCCCUUCGCCAGACCGCGGAUC